AAAGUUAUAUCAUAUCAUAUUAAUUCAUUACUAAUACUUUUACUUUAUUUAUAAUAUAAUCUUUUUCUUCUUCUUCUCCAAUUCAAAUUCAAUUACAGAAAAAAAUUUUUUAAAAAAAAUGGUACAUACAAAGAAGUUCAGAGGUGUUAGGCAACGUCAUUGGGGUUCUUGGGUUUCUGAAAUUAGACAUCCUUUAUUGAAGAGAAGGGUAUGGUUAGGGACAUUUGAUACAGCAGAAGAAGCAGCAAGAGCAUAUGAUGAAGCAGCAAUAUUAAUGAGUGGAAGAAAUGCAAAAACUAAUUUUCCAAUUGCUCAAGAUUCAGUUAAUAAUAAUAAUAAUAGUAAUAAUAAUAAUAAUAAUAAUAAUUUAAAGGCUAAAGAUCAAGAUUCAUCAUCAUCAUUUUCAUCAACAAAAGCAUUAUCUGAAAUACUUCAUGCCAAGCUGAGAAAAUGUAGCAAGGUACCAUCACCAUCUCUCACUUGUUUAAGGCUGGAUAUUGAAAAUUCACACAUUGGAGUUUGGCAAAAACGUGCUGGUCCUUCUUCUGAUUCAAAAUGGGUGAUGCAGGUUGAACUUCACAAAAAAAAUAAUUCCAAAAUUAAUGUUGAAGAAAAAUUAAAUAAUAAUAAUAAUAAUAAUAAUUCUACUAAUUCCAAGAAUAAUUGUGGAGAAAUAAUUGAAGGUAUAAGUAUUAGAAGUGAAAUGGAUGAAGAAGAAAGAAUUGCAUUGCAAAUGAUUGAGGAAUUACUUCAAAGAUAGAGAUCGCUAUUUAUAAAUAAAUAAAUAAAUGAAAUAGCGACCGGCAACUUCUGUCGUUAAACAACAAAAAUUUGUCACUGAUCCUAUUUAACGAUGGAUUUUAUAGAUAAUUUUUUUUUUAAUUGUGGAUCAAAUUUGAUCAAUUUACAUUAUCUAAUUAAUGUGUGUUUAUAAUGUAAUGUGUGAUUUUAUGUUAUUAGUUUCUAAAGUCACAAAAGUUGUAUGUUCUUUGUUUUGUGUAUAAAAAUAAAAUACUAUCUAUACAUUGUCAUCUUCACAAAAAAAGAAGUUUGAUAAAUAAAUUUUAUUGAAUUGUUAUA